AUGGGAGAUUUGUAUAAUCAGUAUAACUCCCAGAUACAAGUUACACUGGAGAGUAUUAAAGAUAAAGUUAAACUCUGUAAAGAUAACCCGAACUCCGCCAAUAUUGGAGUGUAUUUGAAAGAAUUGGACAAUUUGUUGUCAUCUUCCGAGCAAACUUUAAUGCAAAUGGAACUUGAGGCCAGGAGUUAUUCUGACUCCUCCGGAUUUGAACGUUUAGAACAGGUUAAGGAAAUAAGAAACUUUUUGAAGGAAGCCUCUGAUUGCAGUAGGUCAUUCCACACUGAACUUCAGCGGAGAGAACUUCUCGGAGAGGUUUCUUCCUUCGGGAACACCAGAGAAUUUAAAACCUUUAGUAAGAAUCGGGAAAUGUUAAGUAAAGGCCUUAUGUUCAUCAAGACUUCCUGCGACGUUGCGAAUGAGGCUGAAAGGCUGGGUUACGACGCAUCCAAGAACUUAACUCAACAGAGGAAUGUAAUUGAUAACGUUAGUUCCGAGCUGACUAGAGCCAAAUUCUCGCUAUCGGGAGCUGACGAGUAUUUGUGUUGUCUUUUGAAGCAAGGCAGAUUAAACAGAGUUAUUUUAAAAGUCGUCCAAAUCGGAAUCGGAGUUACAAUCUUAAUUAUCCUCACAAUCAGACUGAUUAAAUUUCUAAUGCUGAAACCUAAAUAA